GUAAUGUCUGCGGUCUGUCUGUCAGAGUCCAUCGUGUCGGAUAUCCAGAGGAAAAUCAAGGUUUCUUUCGAAGCGUUUGACUAUUUGUCUAACAACACCGUGGAUGUCCGGGAGAUUGGCACCAUCAUCUUCUCACUCGGCUGCUUUCCCUCCCAGGCAGACCUGCUUGACUUCAUAGCAGAGGUUGAAGAGGACCACUCCGGUUAUGUCCACCUGGACAGAUUCCUUCCAGCUAUGACCAAGGUGCUUCUUGAAAACAAGUUUCCUCCGAUACAUGAGGAUGUUUUGCUUCAGGCAUUUGAGGUUCUGGACAAAGAGCAGAAAGGAUACCUGGAGCCUGAGGAGUUGACAAUGUACAUGACACAAGAAGGCGAGCCCUUCACACAGGAGGAGGUGGACGAGAUGCUCACUGCACAUGCUGACCGUGAAGACCACCGGAUCUAUUAUAAGGACAUUCUCAGCCAGAUGACCACUGACUGUGGCCUGUAGGCAGC